AUGCUAUCCAGGAUGUGUCAUGGCGUAACUGCUGAACAAUGCCCAACGCCAGAACCAAUUCAUAGCAAAGCGUUGAAAGGAUACACUUUCAAGACUCUGAUAAACUUGAGUUUAUUUGAAUGCUUUUAUUACUGUCAUGAUGAAUUCAGAUGCCAGAGUUAUAACUACGUUCUAAAAGAAAAUGUUUGCGAGAUGAACAACAGAAUAAAGGAAGUAAAACCAGACCAGUUUGUUUCAGAUCCAGACCGCCUCUACAACAAACGUGGGGCACAUAGAGGUAAAAUAUAGUUGAUAAAUAAUUCAAGGCCCUGUCCACACUAAUGCGUUUUCAAAAGUAUGCUUUUUCUUUGUCAUCGAAAACGCAUCGAUCGAUUCACGUCCACACUACCGCUUUUAUGGGUUUUCGCCUGCGCCACUGACAGGAUAUGUAUGCGUUUUCGUUUUCAUCCACUUUUAACAGCUUUUCCAAAUCGAUGCGUUUUCGAUGAAAGUGCUCAGCGUAUUAGUGUGGACGGAAGGCUUAAACACAUUAGUGUGGACAGGCCUAAGGCAAUUGCAUUGCUGUUAUAAUUUCAUUAACCGAUAUUCUCUGCAGUGAGCCUCGGUUCGACUUCCGCGUUACCAGCAGAAUCGUGCGAGGAAAUCAAAAUCUGUGAAGGAGGAGACGCGGUCAGCGGUAAUUGGUGGCUUGGCAAUGGUUCUGGAGAAGCGACCUUGGCUUACUGUGACAUGCAUGAACCUGAAGGUAUGAUCCCAGAAGUUGCGUUCUUAAAGGCUGCACCGGUCGUUUCAGGGUAUUAGGGGCUCUGGAAGGCUUUGUUGGAGGGUAGGGAGAUAUAAAUGUCAGUAAUCAGCUCGAGUGUAGACCAUUUGUUCGGUUUUAAUUAAUUGGCUCUGAGUUAUUUAUUUCCAGCAUAGUUGUAACUUUUUGACAGAACGUUAACCAUAAGUUACACAAAGCAUUAGCCGGGUUAUAUCAUAAUUACAAUUUUUUUAAAGUAAUAAAAACUUAUAUAGCGCACUUUUCCAUGGGGCAUGAUCAAAUGCGCUUUACAAUGAUUUAAAAAGGUAAAGGCGGACACGAGCCAAAGGCCCACACGGCCGGAAAUUAUACUGGUUUCCGUAGCAUGAAGCAAACCUAGGUAUAUUGCUACUCCCUCCUGGACGGAAUGCUAGUCCAUCGCAGGGUUUUCCCCCAGCAGUAUGUCCUUACCCAAUUAUACACCUGGAUGGAGAGAGACAAAGUGGAGUAAAAUUCAAUGUCUAAGGAAACCAACGCGACGGGCCAGGCUUGAAUCCCAGACCUCCAGAUCCAGAGUUAUAUAUGGAGGAACGCACUUGAACUUUAGGUCGAGGUUUAGUAAUGAGGUGAUGUUACUGAAUAUCCCUAAAGCGACUAUCCCUAAACUAUCCUUAGCUAUCCACCAAACAGGCAUAAAAUGCUGACGCAUAACUACUAACGUCCUGUUUAUCAACGUCACUAAGAAAAUGUUCAUCUUAUUUUGUAUCUAACGACCGCAAAGUUUCUGACACUAACAUGUGGCCAUCCGGGACCUUUGCACUUCCUCGACCCAAGCUUGGUUGUCCUGAAUUAAAUGAUUUUGACUGGAAACUUGGUUAG